AUGGAUGAUCAUCUGAAACUGAGGAUUUUUUAUGAUCAUGAGAAAGAUCAAAGAUCCUACAACUAUCUUCAGGAGGGUAACAAGAAACCCUCUGAGGAGGGGUUACCUUGGAACUUGCGAAGUCGUCCAACUACUUGUAAGACUGGGUGUGGUCGUUUGACCCCCGUUAUGCAGCAAUCACAAAAAGGGAUUGAUGGGAAGGCUAGCGGGAGUUCAACAUGGCUGCAAAGGCCAAAGUUCUUAGCCACUCUGUCAAAUGAAGAGAUUGAGACAGAUUUCUUGCUCUUGACUGGUGCAAAGCCAUCUCGUAGGCCUAAGAAAAGGUCUAGGUCCCUUCAGAAACAAUUUCAUAGAUUCUUUCCUGGUUCUUGGCCGACUGAGCUUAUAUCAGAGAAAUAUAAAGUUCAUGAGCAUCCUGAACCAAAGAGUGGUUGUUAA